AUCGAUUUUUGCAGAGAAUGUGGCAGCAUUAUGUUGAGAGAAAGAUGAUAUAUAUAGGAAUUGGAUUGGCGAUAUUUCGUCCGGUAUCGCAAAUCAAUCUGAUUUGAUUGAAUCAAAUCCACCCACAAAUUGUCGGUCAGAUGACAGACAGCAUACGCCCCCGAAUGGGCCUGUUCGUGACAUUGAGGGUCUGCUUAAAAGUUGCAACUAAUGUAUGUUGCAGUCUUGAGUAGCCAGUGGUUUGUCCAAAAAUGAAGAGUGGUAUGCUCCCCGGCGCGCUAUCACGCGCCAAAAUUUUGCGGGCUUUGUUUCGUUUUUUGCUUUUUCCCAUGGGUGGUCCUUUAUCCUUACUGAAUGGUGGUUGCGACCUGGUCGCCCGCGAAGCCUGCAAUGGUGUCGCUUUCGCGCUCCACGUCACUACCGAUGCCACGAGGGCCAGAAAUGGAAGCACAAGCAGGCUCGCGCAGGCCCGGGACAUGGCUGAUGCUGGUGACGCAGACAAAGUGAACCCAACAGCUGUCUUAUCAUAUUCGACAAGUAUAUAUAACUCCUCUCCUUGCUCGCAUUCGCAAGGCACAAGAUGAAGAUCCAUCGCACCUUUCAACUUCUGAGAGCACUCAGAUCCAUGUAGUUGUAGGCAUUCAUUGCUUCGGAGCGCUCUGUUGUGAGAAACGAGGAGGACACGAGCCCGAUGAUAUCAAGCGUGCCUGAAUGUAGCGCCUGCUUUUUUUUUUAUUGUCGGCGGUGGUUCUGGUUUUGCGCAAAAAGAAAAACAACAGAGAAAUGAUGGUAAAGCUGAGCAGGAACAGGAGUCGGUGUUGAAUUAUAAUACGCGGAUGGGUACAUCAAGCAUCUGGCGAAAAAAUACCUGGAGCAUUUUGAUAUUCACCGGCAACUAGAAAAUCAUCAUAGCAUCACCAUGAAAAUUGAUUUGCGAUGCCAGUAUGCCUGCGUUUAUCUAUCAUUUUUUUUUCUGAAUGUACCUAAACUUCCCUUCGGGAUUUUACUUUCUAUAUAAUGAAGCUCGACCGGAAACAAUAACAAAUUGCGCGUUGACAGUGCAAAGGAAAAUAAAAUGCGUACGCAGCAAGGAAGAGUAAACGAGCCUGCGAGUGCAGCUCGACCUUGGUGCGCAAGCUAUUUGAUUAAGAUAAGUAUUAACACAUGAGGGCAGCGGGCACGCAGGGAAGUCGACGCCUUUCGAUUUUUCUUUUUUUUAUCUUUCGUGCUGGGCUUAGCGAACCCACCCCCGCAGCUACUUAGCCGCGCGGCUCUUUAACUUGGCCUCUUUGCCCUUAUACCUUGGCCGCUUUGCCCUUAAUCAGGAGGGGACCCACUUUGGUCCACCCACCCUGCGUUCUUUUCCGCUGUGUCAGCGGGUUGUGGCUUCGCCUCGUUGGCGUUGUGUCGGCUUACCCUCCCCUUCCCGAGGUUCAUCCGCUUGUAAAGCGGGGUUCUCCUCGGGUCGCGGCUCCGCCACGUUGGCUCGGGGCCUGCACUACGUUUGCCUUCGGGAGUGUAGCCGACAGCAGCCAACGAGCUCUUCCUUGGGACUUAGCAUAAUCAAAAUGCGUACGCAGCAAGGAAGAGUAAACGAGCCUGCGAGUGCAGCUCGACCUUGGUGCGCAAGCUAUUUGAUUAAGAUAAGUAUUAACACAUGAGGGCAGCGGGCACGCAGGGAAGUCGACGCCUUUCGAUUUUUCUUCCCGCCCGCCUCGGGGCCUGCACUACGUUUGCCUUCGGGAGUGUAGCCGACAGCAGCCAACGAGCUCUUCCUUGGGACUUAGCAUAAUCAAAUCAAGUUUCAUGUGAUGAUGGUGUUGCUCAUGGAGGGUCCACCCGUGGAUAUUCCGGACGAUAUCGCCAUCGGAUGCUCCGCACCCAUAUUGGAACAAGUAGCCAAGCGUAGACGGGUCGAUGGCGAGUUGCUACAAGGCGCACGAAAAAAAGUACGGAGUAGUAGCUGUGCAGUUGCGGGAUGCUGGCAGUCUGCAUAGUGCUAAUGCAGCGUUUUCUUUUCCACUCUCUCAGCAACUUCCGCGCUAUCUGUUGACUUCAUUGAGGAAUCAUGGUAUUGGUAUUGUCGAACUUUUGCCGAGAG